AUCUAGAUCCCGUUAUUGUCGACCCACCGCUUAAACGUCCUCAACCUCUUCUACAACCGCCGUGACAGUAACGGGUGCCAAAUACUACGCUACCGCUACCCUAGAUACCUCUUAACCUAAAUGGCAGCCCUACUACAUCGCUUAGUGCCCGUAUGGUUGCUGCCGCUACUAGUGGCCCGGACAAUUCUAGCCGUACCGGCACAUCCUAUGAUAACACCAGCUCCAGAUAUAAGAGAUCGAGUUGCAGCACGCGAUUUCGACCCAGGCAAUUAUAUAAACAGCGUCUUAAGUGGUCUUGGGAGUGAUGUGUCAAGUUAUGAAGCAUCCGGUGUGCCUCAAUUCUUCCAAGACUUUCCUAGUGGAACAGCCGUGGAAAGUUCUUUGGGUAUAAAAGAUUCAGACCUUGCCGCUACACCGACCCAAGUUUUAAACAUUCCGGCAUAUGCUAAUUGGACCGACGACGGAUGGAAUGUCCGCGUUCAUGGCAAUGUGUAUAAGCAGCCAAAUAUCUCGGAAAGUAAACUCAAUAGCCUAGCCAAUGUAUUCCUUGUCGGUACAGACAUAGAGGACCUCCCUCAGGCACAGCAGACUCAAGCUCGCAACUUGACGGCGGAAAUAUUCGUCGUUCAACAAGGGGAUGUAAAUGUUACCGUCAACUUUGAAAACGAUGUCGAUGUUGACCCAGAUGCAAGCGGCGGCGUAAUUAACGCCAAAGGGGGCACGCAGUCUCUUCAACUUCCGUACUCAACCACCGUCGAAGGCGACUUCGACGCAUUUAUCAAGCUUAAAAACACAACUGGUCCAAACGGCGGGCACCUGAUGGCCGGCAACGCGACUUCAUCCAUCCAAGCACUCAAUAUGUACACCAAUGGGACCGACACAGGAAACGCAACGGCCUACCUCGUUCCGCCGACGGGUUUCACGAUCAUUUCCGAUAUUGAUGAUAUUCUUCGUGUCACCAAGAUCUACGACCCAAAAGAAGGUCUAUUGAACUCGUUCGCUAGGGCAUUCACACCGUGGAUGAACAUGCCGGAGAUCUAUGCGAAUUGGUCCGCCACGAUACCGAACUUUCACUUUCAUUAUCUCACCACGACGCCGGAGCAGAUCACGAGAAACUACAUGGAGUUCAUCUACAAGACCUACCCCCUAGGCUCCUUCGAUACGCGACCACUCAACUUCUCCGACGUAUCCGCGACGCUAUCGAUCCGUAGAGCGCUACUAGACAAGAUCUUCCAGACCUUCCCGGAGCGCAAGUUCGUGCUCGUUGCUGAUACAUCUAAUUCGGAUGUCAUGAAGGAUUAUCCUCAGAUGGUACACGAUUACCCGGGUCAAGUCCAGUGUAUCUUCCUACGCAACACAACUGCGACGGACUCUUCCGACUUAUUCCCGUAUGAUACUUCAGGGUUUAAGGACAUAGAUCAACGCCAGUACAUGUUCUUCGUAACGCCUGAUGAUCUGAGGGACGUGGAUAUCGUCGGUGGGAACUGCUAUAACCCGGCCGUGGUGCAGAACGUGACAUUCGGGUAUCAGGGUCGUGGGUUCGGCAACGCUGGGUCUUUGAUAAAGUGGAAUUUGAGUUGGAGUUGGUUCUCGGUAGCGGUUGCUAUGUGCUUGUUGUUCUGAUAUGGGACUUGCGGUUUCGGUUGGUUGGCUCGGCGUCAAGGUAAAACUUUGGGAUACUACUAGGCUAGAAGGUUAACGAUAGGUAAUAGCCCAUGCUAUCACGAUAAUAUUCGAAGGUAUAAAAAAGGAGCAUCUUCUUAUCGUUGGGCUAUUCAUCAUGGUAGACGCGGACGGUUCAGUUGGGAUGGAAAAGAUGUAGCCUAUCACCUCUUUCUUAGACGGACCUAAUUAUAGAGAAAAAUGUCAAGAGGCCAAUGACAUUCCCCAGUAUGCUUUAUAUAUUUACAAUAGCGUGUGGUUGCUAGGCGCUAGGUAUCUUGUC